AUGGAGCAACAUCCAAGCACUAACAUCCAAGCCAUUCUCAUGACCACACUAGCACUCCUCCUCCUUCUCCUCUUCCUCCACUCUCUACGGCGGAGAUCCGUCCCAAAAACAGCCACCACCACCGGAAAACCCAUCCAAACACCCCGCCCACCGGAGCCGCCGGGCGCGUUGCCGCUGAUCGGCCACAUCCACCUCCUCGCCGGCAGCAAAGACCCCGCCUGCCGGAUCCUCGGCGCCAUGACGGACAAAUACGGCCCCGUCUUCUCCCUCAAAUUCGGCAUCCACGACCUCCUCGUCGUCAGCGGGUCGGAGAUCGUGAAGGACUGCCUGACGACCAACGACCAGACACUGGCGACGCGGGCCGGCAUCCCGGCGGGGAAGUACAUGGGCUACGACCACGCGGUUUUCGCGGUGGCGCCCUACGGGGCCUACUGGCGCCGCGUCAGCAAGAUGGCCACCCUCCAGCUGCUCUCCAACCACCGCAUCGGCAAGCUCGCCGGCGUCCGGCUGUCGGAGCUCGGCCAUUUCGUGAGGGAGCUGUACGGCCGCAGCCGGGACGGCGGAUUAGAAACCGCUAAUAAAUCAGGGAGAAAUAAUGUUGUCAACAUAAGCGAGAUGUUGGAGAGGCUGACGUUCAACACGAGCCUUCGGAUGCUGGUGGGGAAGCGCUUCGCCGAGGGCGCGUACGCGGCGGAGAACGGGGACGCGCGGCGGUACAAGGAGGCGGUGGAGGAGGCGGUGCGGCUGAGCGGGGUGUUCGUGGCGUCGGACGCUGUGCCGUGGCUGGAGUGGCUGGAUCUGGGGGGACACGUGGCCGCCAUGAAGAGGUCGGCCAAGGUGAUCGACGAGGUGGUCGGGAAGUGGCUGGAGGAACACGUGGAGCGGCGGCGGACGGAAGAGCGGAGUAAGGGCGGCGACGACGUCGACGGUGACAGCGACUUUAUGGAUGUGAUGCUGUCUAGCCUCGCUGACGACGACGGCGACGAUGCUUCAUUGUCGGGCCACAGCACAGAAACAAUUAUCAAGGCCACUACUUUGACCCUAACGCUGACAAGCUCCGGGAGCACCUCCAUCACCGUAACGUGGGCCCUGUCCCUCCUCCUCAACCACCCUCAAGCCCAAAAGACAGCCCAGCAAGAGCUCGACAUCCACGUGGGCCGAACGAGAUGGGUCCAAGAAUCCGACAUCCAAAACCUCCCUUACCUCCAGGCCGUCAUCAAGGAAACCCUCCGCCUCUACCCGCCGGGCCCACUCACCGGAAUCCGAGAGGCCAUGGAAGACUGCACCAUCGGCGGGUACCGCGUCUCAAAAGGCACGCGCGUGGUCAUCAACAUCUGGAAGCUCCACAGGGACCCGAAAGCGUGGGAAGAUCCGGCGUCGUUUCGGCCCGAGCGGUUCCUGACGCGCCACGCUGACGUGGACGUCCGGCCGGCGGCGGCGGGAGGGCAGAGUAGUUUCGAGUACUUGCCGUUCAGUUACGGGAGGAGGUCGUGUCCGGCAGUUAAUUUGGGGAUGCGGGUGGUGCAGCUGAUACUGGCGAGGGUGAUUCAGGGGUUUGAUUUGGCGACGGCGGAUGGGUUGGCUGUGGACAUGGCGGAAGGGCAAGGCAUUGCGCUGCCGAAGGUGACGGCGUUGGAGGUUGUCGCGGUGCCGCGGAUGGGUUCAGAGAUGUAUUCGUUUUGA